CUCUAUGGUUCUAUAAAUAGUUAAAAGACCAAAAGCAUUUUCUAUUUCAGUUCCGGCAUAAGAAUUUGUCAGCAAUGACCGUUAUGCUCACCACUGCAUCUAUAAUUAUGAACUCUUCUCCAUACCCGGGCAUGAUAUCUGGCAUGUUCGGAGGCACACCAGGGGCCAUGCAUAAGCAUCCGAACAUCAAGUUAAAACAUACUUCUUCUUGGGGUUUGCAAUUUAAAGCUCCAACAAAGGUAAAUGCUACAAAAGUAGGUGCUAUAGAUUGGAGUAUGGUUGACCCGGAGAAACAGGGUCCAAACAUGGUUUCGGAUCUUGGUGUAGAAAGAAUGAUUCAAGAUGGUCUUAUAUUCCAAGAAAAAUUUUGUAUCAGGAUAUAUGAAGUAGGGCCAGAUCAAAAAGCUUCCGUAGAAACACUCAUGAACCAUUUGCUGGAAACAAGCAUUAAUCAUAUGAAGAAAACUGGAUUCAUACAUGAGGGGCUUGGGUCAGAGGAGAUGUCCAAGUACAACCUAACGUGGGUGGUGGCAAAGAUCCAAAUGGUUGUGGAUCGUUAUCCAAAGUGGGGGGAUAUUGUUGAGAUUGAUAAUUGGAAAGCUGCGCUUGGGAAAAAUGGUGUGUGUUGUAAUUUGACAUUCCGUGAUUGCAAAACAGGCCAGAUAUUAGUAAGAGCUUCAAGCUUUUGGGUGAUAAUGAAUAAAAAGACAAGAAAGUUAUCCAGAUUCCCAAAUGAAGUUCGAGCUAAAUUGGAAAAAUUCUUUGUGGAUAAACCCCCUUUAGUUGAACAAGCAACUAGAACGUGGUCAAGAAGUGAGGAUAACAUUACUGAACACAUUUGCAAAGGUUUAAAGCCAAGAUGGAGCGAUUUAGAUAUUAACCAACAUGUGAAUCAUGUGAAAUAUGUUGGGUUGAUCCUUGAGAGUGUUCCCAAGACCAUUAUAGAGAAGUACGAGAUUGAUAGCAUGACACUAGAUUACUAUCAAGAGUUUACAAAUGACAAUAUACUACAAUCCUUCACUUAUAUAUUGACCAAUGACAAUGCCAAAAUAUCUAAUUGUGACUUCGUUGAUUGCCAACAUUUGCUUCAAUUUGAGAUUGACGGUGGCAAUAGUAAUAUCAUGAAAGGAAUGACUAGAUGGCGGCUGAAACACGGAAAAAACAAAGGAAUCUAGAACAUUGUUGCUUCUUUAACGGAAAUGUCACAAUUACAGUCAAAGCAUAAUACCGACAUUAAGCGUGUUCAGGUUCUUUAUCUAAAUGAUUGUGAUUUUCAAAUGGGUGCCCUAUUUUUCAAUAAACCUUUGAAAUUAUCAUCUCUUUACAAAUAUAAAGAUACCUAUGUUGUAUAAGAAUAAAUAA